AUGGAGCAAGCAAAUGCAAAAGGUUCUAUCGGUACUUUUUUAAUUGAGGGAAAAGAUAAAGAUGUUGCUAAUGCAAAAGAUAUUUUAACUGAUAAGUUUGGCCUUAAAGGCAGAAUCACUGUUCAAGUGCCUGCAUCGGCCCGUUCUUGUUUAUUAGGACCUUAUGGUACACUCAUACAAUCAAUUUCCAAUUCAACUGGUGCAUCUAUCACAAUACCAUCACUUCCCAACAAUCCAAAAAAAGAAUCAGUAAAGUCUGAAUUGAAUGAGGAAAUGAUGGAUGUAAUAAUUUUUGGUGAGAUGUGGGCUAUUUGUAAAGCAGGAGUUGAAAUCCAAAACAUUGUAAAAUCUAUGAGUGCAACAAAAAGAAUACAUUAUAUUAGACAUAUUGAAAAUACGUUUUACCCAUUGAUUGCUGGUACACAUAAUCAACGUAUAAAUAAGAUUAGUACUGAUACUGGUACAAAAAUUCAUGUACCUUUUUACAAUUUUGACAACCUCAACACCACAUUUGCCGAUAUAAAAAAAAAUUAUAUUACCAUCACUGGUGAUGGAAAUUCAGUUAAGGUUGCAAGUAAAAUGAUUGAGGAUCUUUAUGAAGAUUUGAAAAUGAAUACGUAUGCUCUUGAUGUUGACAUUCCAAAACGUCAACAUAGAUAUCUAAUUGGUCCAAAUAGUGCUAAUCUUCAUGAAAUACUUGAAACAACAGGUUGCGUACUAGAAUUACCACCAGCAACUGAUCAAUCAGUGAAAGUGAUAAUUUAUGGGCCACAAAACCAAUUAGCAGGUGCCUUACAAACUGUAAUCGAAAAAGCAAACUCCAUGCAUGUUCAACAACUUGAUAUUACUGACUUUCAUCAGACAGAAAAUCUGAUGAAACAUUCUAUUAAUGUCUUGAAAUAUUUAUGGAAUGGAGGCAAGUUGAAGAAAAUUGAAUCAGAAACUGUACCUGAAGAUGUGGAAAAUGCUAGAAAAGAAGUCACUGAAAUAAUCAAAAAUUUGCCUCCUAGUUGUUUUGAUGUGGUAAUGAUUAGUCAACAAUUUAAUCAACAUGUAAUUGGUUGUAAAGAGCAAAAUUUACAACGAAUCAAAGAUGCUUAUGGUGUUGAAAUAAUAGUUCCUGAUGAAAAAGAAGCCAACCCUGGGAUAUUGAUAGUUUUUGAGGGUAGAAAGGAUUUUUCUGUUCAAACAUUAACUGCUCCUGUCAAACAUUAUCAGCAUAUUAUUAAAAAUACUUUGAAUACAAUUAUUUAUAAUGACAGUAGUAAUGGUAGCGGUGGUGCAUAUUCACCUGUUUCAUUAAAAUCUGGAUCGUCUAAAUCAUCAGGUGCAAAUGAUGAAUCAUUAAACACACAACAAAUUUCAGAUAAUUCUAUUGUAGUUAAAGGACCUGCUAAAGAGGUUGAAGAAAUUAAUGAAAAAGUAGAAGAUGUUAAACGUAUUGAGAAUACUAAACCAUUUACAGCAGAAUUUAAAAUUCUAGCAAUCUAUGCCUCAGAUAUUAUUUGUAAGGAAGAAAUAAAAUUUAUCUGUGAUAAUUAUAAUGUUACGAUAAAUAUAAAUAAUAGACAUUUUAAUGAGGGAAAAAAUGGCAGUAAAGAAGACAAAUUUGUUUAUGUUAAAAUAGUCGGGAUGAAAGUUCAUGUUGAAAAGGUCAGGAGUCGAAUUCUAAGCACAGUUAAUAAAUUAAAUAGAGAAAUUGUUGUUUGUGUGAUUAUUCCACCGCAGUAUCAUGCUUCACUGAGACCUAAAGUUAUUGCAAACCUAACAGAGAAAUAUGGUGUACGUAUUCAAUUUCCAAAACAAAAUAAUCGUGCUAUCAUUACUACUAGUAUUAGUAGUGAAAUUGAUGAAAGUGAAGAUGGUAGUAACGUAGAAAAAGAAUGUAAAAGGGAAUGUGAAUAUGAAGAUCUCGAUCUAGAUGAAAAAAGAUCUUAUCAAGUAUUAAUAACUGGUAAUAAAAGAGGAACUAGUGCGGCUAGAUUAGAAUUAUUAAACCCUUUUUAUUAUAUAAAAGAAUAUGAUGAUGUUCUCAGUUUCACUAUUCCGGCCAAAUACGUGCCACAUAUUGUUGGCAGGAAAUCAAGAAGAAUCAAAGAGAUCAGUAUUGAAACAUCUACAAAGAUUAAAAUUAACAGGCUAAAUCGGUGGUUUUUCAAAGUAACUGUGCAUGGUUAUAAAAUGGAUAAUAUCAAGGCCCAAAAUAAGAUUCUGGAGAUUAUUAAAGACAUUGAAGAACAAGCAGUAACCACUAUAAAUAUUAAUCCCAGGCAUCAUAGUUUAUUGUUUGAUAAUAUCAAUGAGAUUAUAGCAAAAGCUGGUGGACCAAAGAAUAAGAGUGUCCAAGCUGAAAUGGUCAGGUUUCCUGGCCGUGCGAGUGAUGUGGUCUUAAUUAAAGCAAAUAAAGAACUCGUGGAAAAAAUUAAAGAGGAAUUUGAAAUUUUAAUUAAUGAACAAGAAAAAAAUUUAAUAAUUGAUGCUAUUAAAGUUCCCAGAUAUGAACAUUCAGUUAUUAGAGGCAAGCGUGGAUGCCAACUUCAUAAAAUUGAAAAUAAGUUUAAUGUCGAGCUUCAUUUACCUGGUUCUUCACGUUUCUAUAAUUAUAUAAGAGUGACACGGAAAAAAGGAAAAGGAGAGCUGACAGGUGAUGAUUUAAUAAAAAUAAUAGGAAAAGAAGUUGAAAACGUUGAAUUGGCCAAAGAAGAAAUAUUAUCAAUACUUCAAUAUGAAGAUGUGUUUAAAUUUCCAUGUAAACUAUACAAUGUAAUUAAUGAUAAUGGAUCAACGUCAAGAAAAUUAACAAACAUGUACAAUGUACAAAUUAAACAUCAAACAAAUGAAAGGAAACAAAUUUCAACAAUUAUUAAUAAAAGACCAAUUUUUAAAAAAUCUACCAAAGAAAAAGUUUCGAAAUUUAUUUCUUGGACGCUUAAAGGUGCAAGAGGACAAGUCGAACAAGCUAUAAAAUAUUUAAAUGAAUUAUUAGAACAAGCGGUUAAUGCAUGUACCGGAUAUCUAUCAAUUCCUCAAACAUAUCAUCGACAUAUCAUUGGAGGCGGAGGAUCAGUUAUUUCAUAUAUUAGAAGAGAGAGCCAAUGUGUGAUUAACAUGCCUGAAGUUAACGACGAUGAUACAAUUGUGAUCAUUGGCAGUAAAGAAAAUAUUGUAGUGGCUAAGGAUAUGAUAUUUGAAAUAUUAAUUAACUGGAGAAAAGAACAGAAUAGAAACAAUCGAAAAUACAACUCUAAACAUUUUGAAUUUAUCUGA